CACCACCCGGGCGCCGAUCUGGCCGUUGCGCUCGCGGCUUCCCUCCCCUUCCUAUUCGUCGCUGCUCCCUCCCUUCCCCUCCCCACAAAACCCCGCCGCCUCGGAGAAACCCCCGCCUCCGCCGCAAGAACCACGGCGAGCGCCCAGACCAUGGCCAGCGUCGCGCCCGUGGAGCCAUCGCGGGCGCUUCCGGUGCGGUGCGGCCGGCCCCCGAAGAUUCCUGCAGCGGCGGCGGAGGCGCCGAACAGCCCGGUGUCCCCGCUGGCGGCGGAGGCGGUGGGCGGGUACGAGCGGGAGAGGGACGCGAGGAUCCGGGAGAACAUGGAGCGGAUGCAGAAGCUGGGCAUCCUCGACCUCGCCCAGAGCCUCAGCCAGUCGGCCGCCGCCUCGGGUGGGAGUGGGAGCGGGAGCGGGCGCUGGCGGCGGAAGCCUGUGGAGCCGGGGUCCGUUGGCGUGGACAGGGUCAAGCCCGCGUCGCCGUCGCCCGCGCGCCGGUCACUCAGGUUGAAGAGCAUGGAACCAGUUAGCUAUUCUGAAAUUCGCACAACAAAGGAGAAGGAUUCUGAAGGUGGUAAAUCUGCAUUCAUCGAAGAAGGGGCCAAGGAAGAAGUUUAUACUGAAGAGCAUGAGAAGCUUUUAGGCACAUGCCAAACUGCCUGGACUCUCUUUGUGGAUGGCUAUGGCACAGACGGUAAGCGCAUCUAUGAUCAAGUGAGGGGCCAAACCUGUCAUCAGUGCCGACAGAAAACUCUUGGCUAUCAUACAAGCUGCUGUAAAUGCCAGAUUAUCCAAGGACAGUUCUGUGGAGAUUGUUUGUACAUGAGGUAUGGUGAGAAUGUGCUAGAAGCCAAGAAGAAUCCUAAUUGGAUAUGUCCAGUUUGCCGUGGCAUUUGUAAUUGCAGUAUAUGCAGAACUAAGAAAGGAUGGUUCCCAACUGGUUGUGCAUAUAGGAAGGUGGUCAGCCUUGGGUACAAAUCUGUGGCACACUUUCUAAUCGCAACAAAGCGAUCAUCAGCUAACUCAGAGGAUUCAAGCUCUGCUGACUCCUCGAACAAGUUGCCAUCUAAAUCAGAAUCCUCAUGCAUUUCUGAUCAUGAUUCCCCGGUUGCCAAGGAGGGCCUAGAGGAUGCAGAAACAAGCAGCAAAGCUAAGCAAAACAAAGCAACUUACCGCCAAGUGAAGAACUCUGAUGGUGACGAGGACGAUAGCAUAAGCGAGUCUGUGGUGACAUCUGAUUCUCAGGAUGAUCAGGCCAAUAAGGAUGCUGAUUGUGCCACUCUAUCUAAGCCAGCGCUGCCAAGGAAGAGGAAGUAUGUUGAACGAAGAAGCCCCGACUGUGUUGCAAGCAGGCUGCGUUCUCGGUCCAACAAGCCAUGAACACUUGAUCUUAUGAGCAUAACCUUUUCUUUUGCCUGUCCGACUGUGUGCUCAUUUCCUUUUGCGACGGAGAACAGACUUAUUGACAUAGUGUGUAGGCUCAUUUGCAGUUCCUGGUGCAUUUUGAGUUCGGUCGUCAUUAAGUGGUAGUAGAAUGAUUGCGGUGCUAGUCCUUUGCAAAGCUGUGUAUCAGCUUCAAACAGUGGUGACUGCCAAGUGUGUUUCUGUGGGCUGUGGACCUGCUUUUUCUGAUGUUCAGUGGACAUUUAUCAAUAACAAUAUGCUUAUCAUCAGCUAAAUGUUUAA